UCCAAUGAGCAGGGGAGGGGGCGUUCCGCUGCCUUCAGCUGCUGAGAACCACAACAAACAGCAGCGCUACCAGCGAAUGGCACGCAAAUCUCUAUAAUAAUAAUAAAAAAAACACAGCAAGACAGAAGCAGAUAUGGGCAAGUCCCACUCGCAUUUGGCCAAGCAGAAGGACGAGAGCCAUGACGCCCUGACGACGGCCGACGAGUACAGAGACACCCAGAGCGAGGAGGACGGGAAGAACGGGGACGUGUCCCAGUUCCCCUACGUGGAGUUCACCGGCCGGGACAGCGUCACCUGCCCCACAUGUCAGGGCACUGGCAGAAUCCCACGGGGUCAGGAGAACCAGCUCGUGGCUCUGAUUCCUUACAGCGACCAGAGGCUCAGGCCGAGCAGGACAAAGCUGUAUGUCACGAUAUCAGUGGCCCUCUGCCUGCUGCUGUCUGGCCUGGCAGUUUUCUUCCUAUUCCCUCGCUCUAUUGAUGUCUCGUAUGUGGGGGUGAAGUCUGCCUUCGUCUCCUACGACCACGACAGACGGAUCGUGUAUCUCAACAUUACAAACACACUGAACAUCACCAACAACAACUACUACGCCAUAUCGGUGACCAACAUCACAGCCCAAGUGCAGUUCUCCAAGACGGUGAUCGGAAAGGCCAAGAACAACAACGUGACCGUGAUCAUCCCGCUGGAUAAACAGCAGAUUGACUACAUGGUUCCCACCACCAUUGCGGAUGAGAUGAGUUAUAUGUUUGACUACUGCACCCUGCCAUCCAUUAAAGUGCACAACAUCGUGGUCAUGAUGCAGGUGACGGUGACCACGUCAUACUUUGGCCACGCGGAGCAGGUCUCCCAGGAGAUGUACCAGUAUGUGGACUGUGGCGGGAACACCACCUCACUGCAUGGACACGUUCGGGUCUACCAGUAAGACCGGCUGCGCCCAAACCGAGGUCCGCCGAACUCUGGAAACUCCACUGGAAAACGCAGGAAAUCUUCACUCAGUGACGACGAUCUCAAGUGUCAGCUGGUGCAGGAAAUUAACUUCUCCCGUCGGCCGCAGCGGCUGACGGAUUGCAGAAUUCCCCAACUACUUCCACCAUUUUUACGAGUCAAAUAUGAAGUUCAGAGUAGAAGUUGUGGAAUCAGAUUUCAAAAAAACGACGGUUUGUUACCUGUCCAGGUGGCUGGCAGAGCUAAACAUACAUGCCACAGCAUUUUGCCUGGAGGCUUGUGGCCACUUCCAACCCUGGUGCCAACAUACAGUAGAUAAAUAUAAUUUCGAUUUAUUUUACUGGUAGGCGUUUAGACAUUUACACUGAUGCUCCUAAAAUGAUUGUCAGCAGUCGUUCCAGAUGUGAUGCCCCUGUAGUUUGGCUGGUGAAAGCUGAUCAUCGGCAAAUGAAUUUGAAUGUAGUUCAGAGUGCAGUGUAUCAGCUCUGUGGCAACUGCUGCUACCCCCGACGACGCUCGACCACUUUUAAAGACUUUUAAUUAGAAAUCCGAUAUGUGAGAUGUUAGAAAGCACAUUUCUUGAUCCGGUUAUGAAAACCACUCACCACUUCCUAACCACUUCUUUCUGGCCUCUUUUCAUUCCUUCGUACAAAAGCCUUUCUAUUUGUUGUUUUGUUCCAUGGAAAGAUAUUUCUUGAUAUUGUGUAGUGAAGUACAGAUAAUCCUUUGUCAUUUUGUUAGUAUUUUGUUAGUAUUUUGUUUUUUUGUUUGUUUUUUUGCUCAGAGUUCUGUACGCUGCUCUCUACAUCUGCGUGAAGGUAGUAUUGAAGUCUUAGUUUUGCCUGCCCGGGUGAUGUCAAAGCAAAUGUGACUACAAGUUCGUGGCAUCUUCCUGAUGAAGAACCGAAGGUGUUUCGUCACCUAGAGGAAAACAAAACUUUGUUAAAGGGAAUAUUUUUGGAUUUUUAAUGGAAAAACUAUGGAGUGUUUCGGAGUUGUAUAGCCGGUGAUGUUUCUUGCACUUUUCCUUCAGACUUGCUUCAAAACAUAAUGCUAAAAAAACUAAGAUCUGGUGUUGAACUGUCUCCUUUUCCCCCCUUUAAUAAGGUUGUCCUAUUUUUGUGGGCUGUGGUGUCAUUUGCAAUAAUGUUUAUGCUAUUUUUAAUCCUCUCGGCAUCUUUGACUUGUGUCAUCAAUUAAUUGCUAUCCUUGAGUCUUGGAAAAUAUGAUGUUUUUUUUUCCUUUUGUCACUCUUGAUUAUCACAUGCUAUUGUUUUGGAGUGUUUGGUGAUUUACAGCAGAAAAAUUCAUUGUGUAUCUCCAAGUUUUAAUAUUAAUUUACAUUUUGCUGAUAAGCACUGAACAUGCACAGUGCUGCCGAACAGCAGAUUUGUGAAAACAGACGCCCAUUAAUGCCCGACAUUUGAAUCCUCACACAUUAGAGUAAAACUGAUGAACUAAUGUUUUUCUGUAAUCGCAGACAUGAGAGACGCUGGAGACUCCAAAGUGCCCCUCUGUCAGUUUUUUAAGCCGACAUUCAAGGCGCCUCCCACCCCUCACCUCCACGCUUGUUCACAGAAAGUGUAGAUGUGGAGACUUUAUCCUUCACUGCCAAGCAUCUGUUUUUCAUGCAUGGAAUUGGAAAAUAAAAUCCUGAUUGGUUUUGAAGUUU